AUGCCUAACAAGAAAAGUAAAGUCAAAGGUCCUAAAGUAAAUACGAUCACCACUAGAGAAGGUGAAUCAGUUAAGAUCUUUGAAGACAUGAAUGAUUUCGGGACUUAUUUGAAAAAUGAAACAGAAGAUAAUGAAUUUGAUCAUGUUCAUUGCAAAUUGAAAUAUUAUCCACCUUUUAUUAUGCGUGGUGCUCAUGAUGAUCCUGAUAAGAUUAAAGACACUGCAAAUUGUCAUUCUCGGAAGUAUGUUCGUCAUUUGAAACAACAUGUAGAGAAACAUCUAUUAAAAGAUAUUGGACAAUCUUUACAGAAUCCAGAAUUGAGGUUUAAUAAUAAAUCGAAACAAGAAUCUUUUGAUACGGUCACCUGGAAAUACGAAGAUGAAACAGAAUUAAAUCAAAAAAAAUUUAAGAUCGAUGUUGAAAUUCGUUGUCAUAAUAAUGGCGCUUUGGUUGAUGUAGACUAUAAGACUGGUCCUAUUAUUUCUAAUAAUGAAGCACCAUCAGAAUCAAUCAUUUAA